CAAGUCUCACACCACCAACAACGACAACUCACAAAUUCGCUUCCAUUCGCAUCAAAACCCCCACUCACCAAUAACAACUUCAACAAUUCUCUGCAAAAAUGGCUUCUUCUAUGGCUUUCUCUGCCGCCACCUUCUUCACUACUACUCAAGCUAGAACAGCAAAUUCAAAUUCUUCUUUUUCUUCGCCAUCUAUUCCCUUUAUCAAACCCUCCUCCUUUGGUUCCUCCAAGUCAGCGUUUUUUCAAAAUGGGUUUUCUUUGAACUCAUCCAAUCUUCCUGGGUUUGUAGUAAAGCCUCGAUCUUUUUCAGUUAAUGCAAGAGCAGCCACUGAGAAAACCAUUUAUGAUUUUACAGUCAAGGAUAUUGAUAAAAAGGAUGUUCCUCUUAGCAAAUUUAAGGGCAAGGUUCUCUUGAUUGUCAAUGUUGCUUCAAGAUGUGGUUUGACAUCAUCGAACUACUCGGAACUGGCACGCUUAUAUGAGAAAUAUAAAAAUAAAGGUUUGGAGGUUCUAGCAUUCCCCUGCAAUCAGUUUGGUAUGCAGGAGCCUGGAUCUAACCAAGAAAUUAAGCAGUUUGCUUGCACUCGAUUUAAAGCAGAAUUUCCCAUUUUCGAUAAGGUUGAUGUGAAUGGACCAUUUACGGCUCCAGUUUACCAGUUUCUGAAAUCAAAUGCUGGAGGCUUUCUAGGUGAUCUUAUCAAGUGGAACUUCGAGAAGUUCUUGGUUGAUAAAAAUGGUAAAGUUGUUGAAAGAUAUCCGCCAACUACCUCACCUUUCCAAAUUGAGAAGGAUAUCCAGAGGUUACUUGCUGCAUGAGUUGGAAUCAAGAGACACAGGAUGAGUACACCUAGGAGCAAGAGCCGAGCAAUACUCUCAUGUUACAGACGAUGAAUAAUUUCUAUUAUUAUCAAUCAAAUUAUUGUUUUGUUGACUUUACUAAUGUGAUUACCAGUAUAGAGAAGUCAAGUUACAUGUUACUAGCAAAUGAAAAUAAAUAAACUGGUAAUAGAAAUGGGUAUAGAUUUGCUUCUUUUAUUUUUACUCGAAAGAAA